UAUUAGACAGCUGCCUUGUACUCUCACCUUCUCACUUUCUUCCGCUCAAUAUGUCUCGAAUACGAGAGGUAUGGGCACUGAAUCUUGAAACAGAGAUGCAUGCAAUCCGCGGAAUUAUCGAAAACUACCCAUACAUUGCCAUGGACACCGAAUUUCCGGGUGUUGUAGCACGCCCCAUAGGAAAUUUCAAGACUUCUUCCGACUAUCACUACCAGACAAUGCGCUGUAAUGUCGACCUUCUCAAGAUCAUUCAGGUUGGCAUCACCUUCGCGGACGAGGAUGGCAAUUUUCCACCGGAGACCUCGACGUGGCAGUUCAACUUCCGGUUCAGCAUCAAUGACGACAUGUACGCCCCCGACUCAAUAGAAUUACUUCAAAAGUCUGGCCUCGAUUUCCAGCGGCACGAGGAAAUUGGAAUCUCACCACAGGACUUCGCGGAGCUGAUGAUAACAUCAGGCAUGGUUUUGGCUCCCGACACCAAGUGGGUGUCUUUCCACAGUGGCUAUGAUUUUGGGUAUUUCGUCAAGCUCCUCACGGCGGUCUCCCUACCAAAGACAGAAGAAGAGUUCUUUGACAUCCUUCGGAUAUGGUUCCCGACUGUUUACGAUAUAAAAUUCAUGAUGCGGGCAUCCAAGGUGCUGAGGGGUGGACUGCAGGACGUGGCAGACGACCUAGGGGUUGUCCGUAUUGGCAAUUCACAUACAGCAGGCUCCGACUCACUCCUUACUGCCUCUACGUUCUUCAAAAUGCGCGAAAUGUACUUCAACGACACAAUUGAUGACAAGGAAUAUUCGGGGAAAUUGUACGGCUUUGGACAGACGUUCCCGCUGACGAACGGUUUGACUGAUCCUGGGCGAGGUGGAGUGACCAUUGCAGAGAGAGAGGACCGGGGAACGUUGGCUACGAGGGACACGCACGCGCAGACACCGGGGCAAAUCGCUGCUGGCAUCGCGCAGACACCAGUUGGUAUGGGCAUACCCAUGUCCAUACCAACACCCCUACCAAAUGGCGCAUACGGACCACUAACAGCGAAUGGGCCAUAUAUAAGGACAUCGCUUGUCGGUGGAGGUCGUUAACUAUUUUCUCCUUCGUCUCUCAUUCGUUGCUUUGUGUACAGAGUAAGAUGGAUCGUCUGUUGUGUACUUGUCGUUAUGUUUAUU